AUCGUUCUCAGUCUCUUUGUCGCAGUCAUUCUGGAUAAUCUUGAGUUGGAUGAAGACAUUAAGAAGCUCAAACAGUUAAAAAUGCGUGAAAUGAGUGCCGAAACACAACAGAAGCUCCCACUUCGACUUCGAAUUUUCGAGAAGUUCCCAAAUCGGCCCCAAAUGGUGAAAAUAACGCGCCUGGUCUCCGAUUUUCUACUCCCUAAAAUUCGUGACUCCUUCAUGCGUCAAUUUGCUGCUGUCUCCGCUCUAGAAGAGGUGGAGGAAGAGGCAGUUUCAGAAAUUCUAGCAGCGGCAACCACAAUAGCUUCCAUCUCAGCCUCCGCUGCGCUUAUUCCAAGUGCCUUUGGCACUGCUGGCUCUGGAGUUGUGGGUCAAAGUGGUGGAGGCCUGGCAGCGGGGAAAGCACAGCCCUACGCAGGACCAGGAGGAGGUGCCAGUGGUCAGAGUGGAAUAGUUGGUGGUGCCUCGGGAUCAGCCAGCUCUGGAGGCUGGCGAUCAAAAGCAGCGGAAACUGCUGCGGCCAUUUCAUUUUCGCGGGAAAUUAGACGUAAAGUACAUGGACUACAUGGAGAGGAGAAAGUCAGAGCUAUAGUAUAUCUUCUCAGUGAAUCAAACAAAACCAGGAUGCUCAGUAUUGAUCAAACUACAAACACUAAUGGUCGGUCUCUUCUCUCAACUCAGCACCAUAUUCGACUUGAAAGAAGGAGUUUGAGAAAUCGAUCAAGUGUUGCUUUAGGAACCGCCUUCCUUGGUCGUGAUGGAGCUCCAAUGGGAAUGAGUAUAAGCGGCGGAGUGGGUAGUGUUUCGGGUGGCGGUGGGGUGGGUUUAGGUGGAAUGAACGCAGCCUUCGGCUUGGGUAUAGAUUCAACGGGUGAUUCUCGCACCGGUUUGGACAAUACUGGUCACUAUGACAUUAAGGUGCUCCAACAGAAGGCCCAAAUGGCUGAAAUUAAAAGAACUCAACAAGAAGAAGAGCUGCGGGAAAACCAUCCCCUCUUUGAUAGACCUCUCUUUACCCUUGGGAGACAGAGCCGUCUUCGGCGAUUCUGUAGUCUUGUAGUAAGCGCUCGACAUAAGGCUUCAAGAUCCACGAGUGGUAAUGAUAAUAAUGGGAGCAGUAUUCAUAAAAUGAUGGGCUUCAUUACGUACCUAGAUUGGGUGAUGCUACUUAUUACAAUCGCUUCAUGUAUCUCAAUGUCCAUGGAGACUCCUCAUAAACGACUUAUGAACACACCAGAGCUUAAGAUUGGAGAAUACAUUUUCUUUGUCGGAAUGACUAUUGAACUUGGGCUGAAAGUUUUAGCCGAUGGGUUCAUUUUCACUCCAAAUGCUCUUUUGCGAGAUUUUGGUGGAUUUUUGGACAUUUUUACGUAUAUUGUGAGUCUGGUUUUUGUUAGUUACUUCAUGAGAGUUGAAAAGUUGGGUCCAGGAUCUGUGGGCCAUCUCUUUAUGGUACUUAGAUGUCUUCGACCCCUUCGUAUCUUCUGUAUUGUGCCCCAAAUGCGGCGUGUUGUCUACGAACUGGUCCGUGGUUUUCGUGAAAUUCUCAUGGUCACAGUGCUACUUGUAGUCUUCAUGUUCAUCUUUGCUGUUUAUGGAGUCCACAUGUUCGGCGGACGCUUGGCUAUAUGCAACGACCGCAGUAUUACUCGCAAGGAGGACUGUGUGGGUGUAUUCCGACGAGAGUUAUCUGUGUCAAGAAUGAAGAGUUUUAAAGGCGAUGCACCAAUGAUCUUGGUACCUCGUGUUUGGGCCAAUCCUCGUAACUUCAACUUUGACAACAUUGGAAAUGCUAUUUUGGCUCUUUUCGAAGUUCUCUCAUUGGAAGGUUGGGUGGAAAUCAGAGAUGUUAUAAAAGCACGAAUCGGACCUACCCAUGUCGUGUAUAUUCACCUGUUCGUCUUUGUUGGGUGUCUGAUCGGCUUAACACUAUUUGUUGGUGUCGUAAUAGCAAACUAUAGUGAAAAUAAAGGCACUGCUUUACUGACAGUAGAUCAGAGACGAUGGCUGGAUUUAAAAGGUCGAAUAAAACUGACACAACCAUUGCACAUUCCACCUCGCCCAAAACUUCGACCUGAGCCGGGCCAAGCCCAAAUUUCAACUGAAACGACAUUCCUCCGAUUCCGAUGUCUAAUCUACGACAUAACGCAACACAUAGCUUUCAAGAGGGCCUUUGCCAUUCUAGUUCUCUUAAACAGCGCCCUCCUAUACUGUCCCUUCAACGAAUAUGGUGGAGAGACUAAUCCAAAUAUCAAGACCCGGUACAAAGUGCAAGUUUCCUUAGCCAUGUUAUUUACCCUCUUUUUCUGUGUGGAAUGCGUCAUGAAGAUCAUCGCACUCACCUUCAAUGGCUACUGGCAAUCAAAACGAAAUCGAUUUGACAUGUUUAUUACCAUACUUGGUGUGGUUUGGGUCGUGCUUCACCUCGGUCUUCGGUCAACACAGGCACUUCCUGGAGGAAAUGAAAAAAUUCACCAAGGCCGCUUAACAAAAGGCACCGAACAAAUCGAACCAGAAGAAUGUGAAGAAAGGAAUUCAGAGUUCAUAGUUGCGUUGUCCAUCAGUAUGCACUCACUGCUUGCAAUGGAAAAUAGAAUUAUAAGCAACAACUUUGGAUGGAUAAUUCAAAUGCUACGUUUCUUCACAAUUGCGGGAAAAUAUGUAACCUUGAAAAUGCUUAUGCUUACAGUAACAAUGUCAAUCUACAAAUCACUUUUCAUUCUCACCAGCAUGGUUGUUCUAAUGCUGGUCUAUGGACUUCUGGGGGUUGUACUUUUCGGUUCUGUCAAGUAUGGUGACAACCUUGGUCGUCAUGCCAACUUCAAGAACGCUUUCCGAGCCAUCAUUCUCCUCACUCGUAUUGUUACAGGUGAGGAUUGGAAUAAGAUCAUGCAUGAUUGUAUGAUUCAACCGCCCUUCUGUGUGAUGAAGGAGACUUUCUGGGAAACGAACUGUGGCAAUGCUCAAGCUUCUUUGGCCUACUUCUGUUCUUUCUAUGUCAUUAUUACUUAUGUCAUGCUCAAUGUUCUAGUGGCUAUUAUUAUGGAGAACUUUUCCCUAUUCUACUCUAACGAUGAAGACGCUAUUAUGAGUUAUAGCGACAUUCGAAACUUCCAGCAGGCUUGGAAUAUAAUUGAUGUGAAUCGGAAGGGAAUGGUGAAGGCUUAUUACGUUCGUUUUCUUUUGCGCUUAAUCCCUCGAGAUCGGGUUGGAUUUGACCUGUCCAAGAAACGGGACAAACAGCUGUUCAAGGAGAUGUGCUAUGAGGUGGAAACAUUGCGUGGUGGUAGAGAUAAGGAAGUCAGCUUUCAUGAUGUUUUGAUGCAAGUGGUUCUUGCCUAUCGAACAGUAGACAUUACAAAGACGCUACAACUUGAAGAAUUGAUUGCUCGCGAGGACUUAGAAUAUGCUAUCGAGGAGGAAGUUGCAAGACAAACCAUUGCAACUUGGAUCGAGAGAUGCAUCUUCAGGAAACGCCAAAAACAUGGCCAUCUUCAUUUUUCCAUGCAUUCUGGACCCGACCGCCCCGCCAGUGGCCAAUCAUUUGAAGACACUACAAAAGAUUCUUCGAACACGAAUGCAAACAAAUCCUCACUGAAAACACGUCCAUCGAAGAUCAAAUUCAGUCGUGAAGAGUUCGCUACUCGAGCCGAUAGUGUUGAAAAUCCUCCUUCAGCCUCCUCAAAUAAUCAGAGUCCACCCGCAUCCCCAACUCAACAUAUUUUGUCCCCCGUGUCGACUACUAUUCGAGCAACUGAUAGUGCAGUCGCGAAAAUGGCUAGUUUUCAUGACAACUGCGAGUCUAGAGGUCAGCGUAGCAACGGACGUUUAGAUUCUAAGUCCUCUCAGAAAACUGAGACUCACCUUGCUGAUGGUCUCAUACCGAAUAGUAUUGGAAAUAAGUCCCAGUCUACCUCUCCUUCACCCUCUAGUCUGGCCUUUGUCGACUCCUGCGCGAAAUCUAAGCAGACGCCCACAAAUACAAAUCCAGUUGAAACAGAAACUCACAAGGGAAUUCGGCUUUCUGGCUCUGGGGGAACUUUCUUUAGGCGAAGAAGCAUGCGUUCUGCUAAGCAACAUACCCCCAUUCUUUCAGGGGUGGUUGAAGAUGCAGAUCAGAUCACAAGGCAUUCUUUAUUCUCUGGAGCGGGAAUGCCAGCUAUUCAGGAAGCCGGUACUGGGCAAGCAAAGAAUUCCUCUAUUGAGUUGAAUGAGCUUGGAGCUAUUCCAACUGGUCUUUCCAUUCCUUCGGGGGAUAAACAGUUUCUUGAAUCUGGAGCAAGUUCCGCAUCUGGUGAGCAAGGUGGAGAGAGCUUCGAAAAAUUUGGGAUGAGUGAUGCUUCUAGAGUCUCGCCAUAUCGUGAGAAAAGAGGACGCAUUUUCAGUGAUGAACCAACGGAUAUAACAGUCCCAUUGCCGAGUGUUGUGCAGACAUCUUGCCAAGAUGUGAAAUCUUGGUGGAUGCAGCAGAUUCAUCCAGACUGCUUAUCUACUGUCGGUGAUAGGCUAGAUAAACCACCGAGUGAAGGUUGGGAAGGAAGUAAGGAGUCCUUUGUACCAUCAGUUGCAGUUGCAAAUCGCCAGACUGAAAGACUUCGACGAAAUAGGAGAGGAGAGGGAGCAGAUAAAGACUCAGAAUCCAUGUCUUUUAGCAAUGGAAAGCGACGCUAUGUCAACGAGUCUAUAGCGUAG